CACCGUUACAUAGGACAUGACCUGCAACUGUGUGGCCUGCCAAAGGGAAGUUGAAGCUGGAAACAAACCAGUCCACGAUAAACAGUUCACCAACUGUUCACUACCAAUAUCCACCGUUACAUAGGACAUGACCUGCAACUGUGUGGCCUGCCAAAGGGAAGUUGAAGCUGGAAACAAACCAGUCCACGAUAAACAGGUUCAUUGGGCGCCGAGGGAUGCAGCCAAAAAUAUACUGCGACAACGCGACGAACUUUGUGGGAGCAGAGAGGGAGCUGAGGGAGCUCCGGGAAGCCUUUCUGGCACAGAAAGAGGAGAUUCUCCAAUACGCCGCCGACGAAGGAUUCAUCUUCGCCUUUAUACCUCCGAGGGUACCCCACUUCGGCGGCCUGUGGGAAGCAGCAGUGAAGUCGGCCAAACAUCUGCUGGUGCGCGCCGUAGGCAACGCGCUGUUAACCGCCGAAGAAACCGCAACGCUUCUCGUCAAAGUAGAAGUGGUACUGAACUCCCGACCGCUCGCACCACUCAGCAACGACCCCAACGACGGCGAGGCGCUAACGCCGGCGCAUCUAAUAAUCGGUUGCCCCUUGCGAGCUUUGCCACCGGAGAAGGUACCCGUCAACCUCAGCCGCUGCUUAGAGAUAUGGCAGCUUGUUUGCUCUCUCAAGCAACAAUUUUGGCGCGCGUGGUCGAAGAGCAACCUUCUGGAGCUUCAGCAGCGCAACAAAUGGGUGCACCCGCAGCCCAACGUCCAACUAGGCCAACUCGUCGUCGUCCACGAAGACAACGUACCACCGCAGCAUUGGGUGCUCGGUCGAGUAACCGCAACCAUUCCCGGAGCGGACGGCAAAAUUCGGGUCGCAGACAUUGCUACUAAGUCGGGUGAAGUACGACGCCCUAUCCACAAACUCGCCGUGCUGCCGGUGGAAAACAAGAAUUGAAGGCUAUUGGAUUCCUUCAAGGUGGCCGGUGUUAAGCCAGAUUCUGGCAAAAUAUUCUAAUAGAAUAAUGUAACGUAAAUUAGAAUAGAAUAAAUUAAUUAAUAUUGAAUUUAAAUAAUGAAAAUGUAUUAAAGCUUAAUAUUAAGUUAUUUUAUAUUUUUUAUUUAUAAGUAUAUAGUACACUUUACUGUUUUUCGCUGUCGCUAUUUCUUUACCUGUUUCUAUUUACUUCCGAGCAUUGACUCUAUUCCUACAGCUAUACUUUCCGUUCUUCCUAUUUCUAUUUACUUAACUGCAUACUCUCUCUAACUCUCCACAUACUGUUCUUCCAUUUCCGCUAUUUCUUGUAUCUUAGUUUUAGGCCUAAUAUAAGGACAGUACAUGGAAAA